CGCGCGCGGCGGCCCAGAAAGCGGCGCUGGGACCCUGAGGCGGCGGUGGUUAGGCGGCUCCCCGGCGGCUCCUCCGCGGCGGUGACGGCGACCGCACUCCCCGCUUCCCGCUCCCCGCGCUCCUCCGCCCGGGCCCGCCAGCCGAGGCCGCUCCCGAGCGUCGGAAGAUGCCGGCCGUGUCCAAGGGGGACGGGAUGCGGGGCCUGGCGGUCUUCAUCUCGGAUAUCCGCAACUCUCCGUGGUAACCAUGGAAACCAGCUGCCUUAUAACCAUGGUAGCUGGGAAAGCCAGCAGCCUAGCCGCCACUGGAGGGGACACAUGAAGGCUGGAGCUCCUCAGCAAGUCCCGGCUGCAGAGCAGGUCACUCUCGGACCUGUCCCACUUACUGAGCUUGCCAUCGUAUGAGCUAGCUCAGUGUGAAAACCCUGUUUCUGAAAGAGAGACUGUCAGUUGAGAAUUCUGUGUCCAGCAAAACUGUCCUUUGAAAAUAGAGAAAUUGGCUGGGCGUGGUGGCUCAUGCCUGUAAUCCCAGCACUUUGGGAGGCCAAGGUGGGUGGAUCAUCUGAGGUCGGGAGUUCGAGACCAGCCUGGCCAACAUGGUGAAACCCCGUCUCUACUAAAAAUACAAAAAUUAGCCGGGCGUGUUGGCGAAUGCCUGUAAUUCAGCUACUCAGGAGGCUGAGUCACGAGAAUUGCUUGAACCUGGGAGGCGGAGGUUGCAGUGAGCCAAGAUUGUGCCACUGUACUCCAGCCUGGGUGAACAGAGCAAGAUCCUGUCUCAAAAAAAAAAAAAAAAAAAAAAAAUUAAGAUAUUUCCAGGUAAACAAUAAACAGAGGACAUUUGUUGCUUUAGCCAACCUCCCUUAUAAUACAUACUGAAAGGAAUGUCUCAGGCUGGAAUGAAAGGACACUAGGUGGUAGGAUACGUGAGGAAAUAAAGAACAACGGUGAAGACAGCUACAUAUGUCAAGUUAAAAGACAAUGUAAAAGUAAAGAAGCAGAAAUAAAAAGGAUAAACAAGGAACUGGCAAAUAUCAGAUCAAAAUUUAAAGGUGACAAGGCUCUUGAUGGCUAUAGUAAAAAAAAGUACGUCUGCAAGUUGCUCUUCAUCUUUCUCCUUGGUCAUGACAUUGACUUUGGACACAUGGAGGCUGUGAACCUGCUGAGUUCAAACAGAUACACGGAAAAGCAGAUCGGCUACCUUUUCAUCUCUGUGUUGGUGAACUCGAACAGUGAGCUGAUCCGCCUGAUCAACAACGCCAUCAAGAAUGACCUGGCCAGCCGCAACCCCACCUUCAUGGGCCUGGCCCUGCACUGCAUCGCCAGCGUGGGCAGCCGGGAGAUGGCUGAGGCCUUCGCCGGGGAGAUCCCUAAGGUCCUCGUAGCCGGAGACACUAUGGACAGCGUGAAGCAGAGCGCGGCCCUGUGCUUGCUGCGCCUGUACAGGACAUCCCCCGAUCUUGUCCCCAUGGGCGACUGGACAUCCCGAGUGGUGCACCUGCUCAACGACCAGCACUUGGGUGUGGUAACUGCAGCCACAAGUCUGAUCACCACUUUAGCACAGAAGAACCCAGAAGAGUUUAAAACCUCCGUGUCUCUGGCUGUCUCUAGGCUAAGCAGAAUCGUGACGUCUGCAUCCACAGAUCUCCAGGAUUACACUUACUAUUUUGUCCCAGCUCCCUGGCUGUCUGUCAAACUGCUGAGGCUGCUGCAGUGCUACCCACCCCCAGAAGACCCUGCAGUGCGAGGCCGCCUGACUGAGUGCCUGGAGACCAUCCUGAACAAAGCCCAAGAACCACCCAAGUCGAAGAAGGUCCAGCACUCCAACGCGAAGAACGCCGUGCUCUUCGAGGCCAUCAGCUUAAUCAUUCACCAUGACAGUGAGCCGAACCUGCUCGUCCGUGCCUGCAACCAGUUGGGCCAGUUUCUGCAGCACCGCGAGACCAACCUGCGCUACCUGGCCCUGGAGAGCAUGUGCACGCUGGCCAGCUCCGAGUUCUCCCAUGAGGCUGUCAAGACGCACAUCGAGACGGUCAUCAACGCCCUGAAGACUGAGCGGGACGUGAGCGUGCGGCAGCGGGCCGUGGACCUCCUCUACGCCAUGUGCGACCGCAGCAACGCCCCACAGAUCGUGGCCGAGAUGCUGAGCUAUCUGGAGACAGCCGACUAUUCCAUCCGAGAAGAGAUUGUGCUGAAGGUCGCCAUCCUGGCUGAGAAGUACGCGGUGGACUACACCUGGUAUGUGGAUACCAUCUUGAACUUGAUCCGAAUUGCUGGUGAUUACGUGAGUGAAGAGGUGUGGUACCGAGUCAUUCAGAUCGUCAUCAACCGGGACGACGUGCAGGGCUACGCGGCCAAGACUGUGUUCGAGGCUCUUCAGGCUCCCGCGUGCCACGAGAACCUGGUCAAAGUGGGCGGCUACAUCCUGGGGGAGUUUGGAAACUUGAUAGCUGGAGACCCGAGAUCCAGCCCGCUGAUCCAGUUCCACCUGCUGCACUCCAAGUUCCACCUGUGCAGCGUCCCCACCCGCGCGCUGCUCCUGUCCACCUACAUCAAGUUCGUGAACCUCUUCCCGGAGGUGAAGCCCACCAUCCAGGACGUGCUGCGCAGCGACAGCCAGCUGAGGAACGCAGACGUGGAGCUGCAGCAGCGUGCCGUGGAGUACCUGCGGCUCAGCACCGUGGCCAGCACCGACAUUCUGGCGACCGUGCUGGAGGAGAUGCCCCCGUUCCCGGAGCGGGAGUCCUCCAUCUUGGCAAAGCUCAAGAAGAAGAAGGGCCCCGGCACGGUGACAGACCUGGAGGACACCAAGCGGGACAGGAGUGUGGAUGUGAACGGGGGUCCUGAGCCUGCCCCGGCCAGCACCAGCGCCGUGUCUACGCCUUCUCCGUCGGCAGACCUGCUGGGUCUCGGGGCUGCCCCCACUGCCCCCGCGGGCCCCCCACCCUCCUCCGGCGGCAGCGGGCUGCUCGUGGACGUGUUCUCAGACUCGGCCUCUGUGGUCGCGCCUCUCGCUCCUGGCUCCGAAGACAACUUUGCCAGGUUUGUUUGUAAAAACAAUGGUGUGUUGUUUGAAAACCAGCUGCUUCAAAUUGGACUUAAGUCUGAAUUUCGGCAGAAUUUAGGUCGGAUGUUUAUCUUUUAUGGUAAUAAGACCUCCACGCAGUUCCUAAACUUUACCCCAACACUAAUCUGUUCAGACGACCUUCAGCCUAACCUGAACCUGCAGACCAAGCCCGUGGACCCGACCGUGGAGGGGGGCGCGCAGGUGCAGCAGGUGGUCAACAUAGAGUGCGUGUCCGACUUCACGGAGGCGCCAGUCCUCAACAUUCAGUUCAGGUAUGGGGGCACCUUCCAGAACGUGUCUGUGCAGCUGCCCAUCACUCUCAACAAAUUCUUCCAGCCGACAGAAAUGGCGUCUCAGGAUUUCUUUCAACGUUGGAAGCAGUUGAGCAAUCCACAGCAGGAAGUGCAGAACAUCUUCAAAGCAAAGCACCCAAUGGACACAGAAGUCACCAAAGCCAAGAUCAUUGGAUUUGGUUCUGCACUUCUUGAAGAAGUUGAUCCUAAUCCUGCGAAUUUCGUGGGAGCUGGAAUCAUCCACACGAAAACCACCCAGAUCGGAUGCUUGCUGCGCCUGGAGCCGAACCUGCAAGCCCAGAUGUACCGGCUCACGCUGCGCACGAGUAAGGAAGCCGUUUCUCAGAGAUUAUGUGAAUUGCUCUCAGCGCAGUUUUAGUCCUGAGGAUGGAAGACCAGGCUCGUGUGUCUUGCGUUGUCUUCGUCUGUGCCGUUUGUCUUCGUGGCCAUCCUGCAGAUGAGCACCCUGUGUCCAGUGCCACAGCACAAGGCGCCUCCCCGCCCCGCCGCCCCAGACCUCUCCCCUUUGGGCUGGACGGGAACACACGUGUGUGGCUCAGGAGGAAAAGCUCAGCCUGGACUGUGGCAGCCACGGCAGAAGGUGGAUCUUGGGAUCAAUUUUUAUAAAAAUCGAGACAGUUCUGUGGUUAAAUCUACAAAUUAAAGGGAAAUUAGAA